AUGGCAGAUGGCGGUGUAUCAAAAUGCGGUCGUAAGGCGGCAUUGUCAACGUUCUUCACCGUCACUUUCAUUGCGUUCACUCUUUCGGUGAUCGCACUGAUCAGCCCGUCGUGGCAAACGGACGCACGGAACAUCAGCAUGGGUUGUGGUUGGACUGCAAGAGAGAUUUCUCGUUCGAUUACGGACGGACGAGGGAAUACUAUGAAACUUUGUACAGGUACCUGGAUUUUUCAACAAUUUUUGUUCCUCUGUAGUGGAUGUAGAGGACCGCUCCCUACAUCCCCCACAGCGGAUUCCUAA